AUGCCUGCCACGACCAGAAGCAAAGGGCCCAGUAAUUCCGGGGCGGCCACCCGGAAGAACCAGCAGAGCCAGAAGCCUUCUCGGGGAAAGCCACAGUCAACGACAGCAAGCAAUAACGCAAAGAGGGUCCCGCGCUCGAGGACGUUUACUGGUUGCCGUACCUGCAGAAGCCGACACCUCAAGUGUGACGAGGCCCGCCCGAUAUGUUCCUCCUGCCGCCGUCUGAAUCUUGUAUGCGAAGGCUACGACGGUCAGCUCCUGUGGGUUCCCGAUCCGCUGUGCUCGGCCUCGGGCGACCAGAAGCAUGCCUCCUCCUCGCACCGUGGCACGUCGUACCGAUACCCGCUCUUCACCGAGGAUGAACGCAACUCCAUGGCCGUCGAGAUUGUCGAGAGCAUGGGCGAUCGCUCGGCUGGCGACAUUGUUCUCGACCUCGACGAGAAGAGCGUUCACGGCGUGGACGAGGUAUGCUUAGACGGUCCCUUUGGGGUUUUCAGAGCGUUCGAAGGCGAUUCCAUCACGAAUUCGGACACGUCGUCUUCCCCUCUCCUGCAACAGUCGGAGAGCUCCCCGACUUCAUCACCAGCAGAAGCCUUGCCCGAUCUCGUCGGCGGCGAACUGCUGGACGAUGACGUUGAAGAAGUGGUGAUUGAGCCAUGGUCACUCAAGACGGAUGAGAAAGCAGCAUCACAGUGGCUGGAGGUCGGUCUGGACUACCAGAAGAGCGCACAAUCGCAUCUGAAGAUGGCACUACAAAGCGAGUCGGACGAGACCAGUCAAGCCAAGUACAAUGAGAUUCUUAUGGCUAUCCUCGCCACUGCCAUGGUUUCGGUGCUCUAUAAUGGCUCUCGCGCGGUCAAAAUCUUCCUCCUCGACGCCGAACGACUCAUCCGUCUCCGGGGCCUUUCGAUGCCCAGGUCCUUUAACAUUCGUGUCCUACACCACGUCUACACACACCUGCGUGUAAUCGCAGAAAGUACCGAUAUAUCUAGCGACAACGCUCCGAAGACAGGCCAAGCCCUAUCAGCCCAGGCUCAGGCGCAAGCAGCAACCGAGAUGGCCGUCUCGCUCCGCAAGUUCCGUAUUGCAGAAGACUCUCUCGGUGCCGACCUUGACAUCUCUCGCGAGAAGCCUGCCGAGGUCGGGUACGCGGACAUUCACCUCGACAUUUCGGGCCACUGGCCUGUCACGAUGUAUCCUGAUAUCUAUGGCGUACCCGAGUCCCUGAUGACGCUACUGUCUCAGACCAUCAGCUUCGCCAAUGAGAAGGCCAAAUUGGAGGCCAUCGCACUAUACGACCCUUGUGUCUCGGCAGGCUUGUCGAGGCAUGUCAAGAUGCUGGAGCAACACAUCUGGUCGUGGUCUCUUGGUUCUUCCGAUAAUCAAAGCGGUCCCAGCAGACCUCGGGAACUCAUGAACAGGGACGCCAGGCUCAUCGAUCACCCCAUCAUCAAGUCCUUGACACUAGCGAUGCAUCAGGCGUUGAUAAUCUACUUCUACCGCAGGGUGUACAACAUGAGCGCCAUGGUCAUCCAAGAUGCCGUGCGCAAGACUCUGGAUUAUAUACAGCCCUGUCUAGAGGAGACGGCAGACGACCAUGACUUCGCUACCAGCAUUGGGUGGGCUGGGUUCAUUGCCGCCUGCGAAGCUACGACGCCCGAUCUUCAGGAACAAGGAAAGCUGAUUCUGGAGUCUAUUGAUACCCAAGGCGUUAUUUUCGGGGCGGAUAAGCCGAGCGUGUUGGCUCAAAGCGUAUGGGAUAAAAGGAAAGAGACAGGGGAUUGGACUUUGAGUUGGCCAGAUUUGAUGCAAAGCAGCAUGACUAGAUGA